UCCGUCCGCUUGGCACACCUCUUUGCGCAUCGGCACUCCGGCGCGGUCACAGCACACUGGGAGUCCCAUCCAAGAGAGCGCACGCCUGAAAUUAAAAAAAAAAAAAAGAGAGAGAGAGAGAGAGAGAAAGACGCAAAGAAAAAAAAAGGAAACUGAGGAUAAAUUAGGAGGAUUUCUAAGUGAGGAAAAAAAUGAUGGAUUGAAUUUUUGAAAAAAAAAAUGUCAAAGUGGGAUUUGGAUUUUUUCCCGCAGUUUCCUAAAGCUUCCCCUCGGUUUGUGGAAUACUUUGCGUUCUGGUCACUGAUGGGAGAUUUCCAGCUGGGCUGAUGCGGAUAAAUGAAACCAUGACAUGUUCUGGUCUUGCACAGACUGAGACACUGACAGGGGUGAUGCUUUUUGUGUGAGGCGACUUCAAACUCUGACGCAGAGUCAUUUCUGACGAAGGGGCGCCGUAGUAUCCCGUAGUAUUCCGAGGACUUGGCUUCCCGGCGUGCGCCUCCAGCCAUCCAUCCGCUUGACAGGCCACUGAGAAUGACCAAAGAGACAUAUGAUGCUGAAAUGAAAUGCUUUCCUGCGAGUGAAUGGGAGUAAAUCGCACCGACUGCAUCCAAGCGCCUCAGAUCUGAGCGGACGAGCCAUUACGCAUGGAGAUAACUUGGAACUGAGCGGAUUUUUUUACCGGUUCAAACUUAAUUUUCACGACUCGAACUACAAAGCAACCUGAUAACAAAAGCUAUUUUACACUUCCUCAAACAGAAAAUGACUAGCUGCCUUUUCCAAGUGGCAUUACUCGUGGCUUGCGUCCUCUCCAUCCGCUGCACCACUGCGCCCGGGGCCGAGACGCACAACACGGUGUCCCGGGAUACCUGCGCGUCCUGCGGGGUGGCACAGCCGGAGGACCCCGACUCGGGCCGGCUGAACCUGGACUUCCUGGAGGCCGUCAAGAGGCACAUCCUGAGCAGGUUGCAGAUGCGGGAGAGGCCCAACAUCACGCACCCCGUCCCGAAGGCGGCCAUGGUGACGGCGCUCCGGAAGCUCCACGCCGGUAAAGUGCGCGAGGACGGGAGGGUCGAGAUCCCAAACCUGGACGGGCACCCGAUGAGCAACGAGGUGCUGGAGGAGACCUCGGAGAUCAUCAGCUUUGCAGAGACAGAUGAGCUGGUGACGUCCAAGUCAAGCCUGUUCUUCCUGAUCUCCAACGAGGGGAACCAGAACCUCUACGUGACGCAGGCCACCCUCUGGCUCUACUUCAAGCUGCUGCCUGUUCCUCUGGAGAUGCGUCCGCGAAGGAAGGUCACGGUCAAGGUGUACUACCAGGAGCCUGGCCUGGGCAGCAAGUGGAACCUGGUGGAGAAGCGCGUGGAGCUGAAGCGCAGCGGCUGGCACACCUUCACGCUGACCGACGCCGUCCGGUUGGUGUUUGAGAAAGGCGACCGGCGUCAGAACCUGGACGUGCGCUGCGAGGGCUGCGAGGCGGACGGCGUCUUGCCCGUGCUGCUCAAUCACAACGACGAGUCCCAUCGGCCCUUCUUGGUGGUGCAGGCGCGACAGGCCGACAACAAGCACCGCAUCCGCAAGCGAGGGCUGGAGUGCGACGGCAGCAGCAGCCUGUGCUGCCGCCAGCAGUUCUACAUAGACUUCCGGCUCAUUGGCUGGAACGACUGGAUCAUCGCGCCGUCGGGCUACUUUGGGAACUACUGCGAGGGGAACUGCCCGGCGUACAUGGCGGGUGUGCCUGGUUCAGCCUCGUCCUUCCACACGGCCGUGGUGAACCAGUACCGCAUGAGAGGGAUGAGCCCGGGCUCCAUGAACUCCUGCUGCAUUCCCACCAAGCUCAGCACCAUGUCGAUGCUCUACUUUGACGAUGAGUACAACAUCGUCAAGCGGGACGUUCCCAACAUGAUCGUGGAGGAGUGUGGCUGUGCUUGAGUAUGUUUUUAUCUUGUUUAUUUAAAGUGGAACUGAAGAACUUCUGUAAACAGAUUCACAAUAUUACGACGAAAAAAAAUAAUUAUAGAAACAAAGCGAUAUUUAUGGACUAUCGAGAAAACAUACGCACACACAACCUCAUCCACACAUAUCUACACACGCUCAUGUAUGCCUGCACAAACACUUGUAUAUAUAUUUAUGUUUGUUGAUAUCCUAUUUUGUUAAUAUUCUAUGGUGGAAGACUUUCCGCCAAUGUACGACUCUUUGUGUAAAGACAAGAUGAUGUUCUCACUUUUAAAGGGACGUGAAGAGUUCUCUUCCAAAACACUAAAUAUCUUGGAACACCUUGGAAAACAAUCAUUACCUGAAAUUCAUAAUUCAGUAUCUCUAAAAUAGUGAGUGUCUGGUUUGUAAAAGUGUUAUAUCAUUCUGUCAACCAAGGACUUACCUACUAGCCUUUGCAAAGUACCAUAGUUUGAUUGAAUUUUGUGCUGUCAGUCACUUUGUAAGAGUAGCUGUCACAUUUAUAAAAGUGGCUAUCUCAUUUUGGAGUGAAACUCUUCAUAGGUAAAACAUGAGUCCAACCUGUAACAUGAAAACAGAGAAAUCUACUCUAGGGGAGGUGGAGGCAGCCUGAUGUGAAUGAUGAAAGAGUCUCACUAGGUGGGAUGUUGGGGUGGGGUUCGGGGGUGAUUCGAGUACGCUUCUUUCAAGAGACUGUAUCUGCAAACACCUGGGAAAAAGCACUGAAACUUUUUUUUGGGUUCACCAAUCAAAUGUCACCAACGUACAGCACUUCAAGCCGGGAGCCAUUCACACACCCUGUCUUAGAGAAAACUGUGUUCCCACGGUAAAACUGGCUUCGGCAAAAAUCGACUUUCGAACACAUUCCGGAAUUGGACGUCACGAUAGAAAAAGCACAGCGGAUAAAGACACUUCAACCCCGACGUUGUUUCUGUUCCACCGAUACCUUCAGCAAACCAGAAGAUAAUCCCCCUGACAACGAAAAGGUAGAGCUGUCAGUGUGAGGGGUCACACCUGAAAUUCAAGAAACCUACUUGCUUGUGUGUCCGUGCUGAAUCUCUAUUUGCAGUGCUGGCUUUUUUUUUUUUCUUUUGUUUCUUUCUCAGUAUCCUCAAUGGAAAGGAUGCACUGUUGCGUGUUGCUGUCUGAGCUGUUUAGCUUGCUAGAAGUUAGAAAUAUUUUGACUUGUAGCAUAAGAGUGCUGAGCAUCUAAAAGGUUUUCAGCUGUCUGUGACAACUACAACAACUGUGACCAGCACUGCCCCGUUCUCCCAUGUUUUUGGCUAUGAAAAACAGGUGGCCAAUGGCUUAUAGAGCAAAGAGGGGUUUACGUUUGACAUUCUUACAGCUUGUACAAUGACUUUAGGCAUUUGUGACAAAUGGAUUGCCAUGUAAAUGGUGAAUUAUGGAUCCAAUCCUUCAGCACUGUUCCUCAAGAUAUUGUAUGAAACCUUCUAUCAGACCAUGCAUUUACAUUCCAGGCAUUUAAAUGAUUCUUUUAUCCAGACUGACGUACAAUGAGCGAGCAGAUAGGGGGUCAGUGGUUUGUUCAGGACACAUGACUGCUGAUGGACACAUUAGCUGUAGCAGGGAUCGAAGCUGUGACCUUUCAGUUGAGGGAGGGACUCUGUAACCAGAAUGCCACGGUUAUUGCUCUGCUAACGUCUUGGGUUUAGAGUUUCCGAAUGUCUCUAAAUGCUCCUUAACACUCGUAGGCAGUCGUCCAGAAACUAACUGAUGAUAAUCUGUUUGAAUCGGUCUUAUGUGCCCACAGUUGUAGAAGUCACCAUUGACGCAUCCUGCAUGCAUCCCACAUUAACACUUCAGGUGGGUCUCAUAAUGCCACACACAGCAGAAGCAAAUUAGAGCACUGCAACACAAAAUGUCAGUUUAUCUCAGUUUAAAAGUCAGCAAGCUGUUCUACUUGACUUCCCAUGGCUGAACGGAGAACAACACUUGUUUUUUUUCUAAACAGUGGACCUUGGGAAUGGAGCCAAAAGGCAGCAGCAGCUCAGCAAGCAUGCAGUCCAAAGUGGGACUUCUACAACAUCUACAUCUGUAGUAUGCAUUAACAUUUAAAGAAUUUAGCGGAGGCUGUGCUCCAGACACUUAAAGAGACACAGAUACUGAACGGGACAAAAAAAGUGAAGCGAUGCUCUGGUCGCUGCGAGGAUCAAACCUGUGACAUUCUGGUUACAUGAAAGUCUCUCUAAUCACUACACCACCCUGCCAAUAAAGGAUUUUCUUUGUCAAACAGAGCAAAAACCUUUAUUGCGCUGAAGAUUUUACGAUGAAUUUCAGGAACGGCCUCACAUUCAUCCGUCUACCUUUAUCUGUUUCUAUUAUGAAAACAAAACUUUCAUUCCCUCGCUUGUUGCUUCACAGCAUCACCUUAGAGGGAAAGCUUGAUUUCUUCAAAUUAUUCAAAAAAAUAUUAAAUAUGUCUCAUUUCAGUCAGCAAAGGUGAAAAGUUGCCAUAUUGCUCCGUUAGUGAUGGUGCAGCUUAGCACUUCCCAAUGCACACUUUGAUAGCACUUGCAGAUUGAAAUGCCUUUAAUGAGCCCUAUGUGGCGCAUCGUUGCCCACAGUCCUUUUAAAACAAUAAGUGCCGCAUGAGCUAUGCAAUGUAUAGUAUUUACCCAUGUACCAGACAAGCUGAACUUUAGCUCUAGUGACAAACUAUCACCAAUACUUGAAAUGUAAUUGUGGCAGGCAGAGGCGGGGCUGGGCGUUGGCUGGAAGGUGGAGAGAGAUGAGGAGCGUGCCGAUGAGACGAUGAGUCGUAUCCCUAUUAACCCUCCAAUUUGUGCUCCGUGGUUUCUAUUACGAGGUGGUGAAGUCAAGACGCUGGAUUUCUGGAGCCACAGCUAUGAAGUACUGUUUAUUACGUGACUGUGACCCAGAUGGAAUGCAUAAAUAGUGAUUUAGGACUAACUUCAGUGUGCACGUCAGACUCUAAAUCCGUCUUACGGCAUGGCUGAAUUACUGUCGAGUUUCCAAGGUCCUUUGAACAUUCCCGUUGAACGCGAGACACAGUUUCAGGUCUCAGUCACUUUGACAACACUUGAUGUUUUCAGGUCAGAUGUUCCAGCGGCUUGCUAUUUCAGAGGUGCAGCGUGUUCCGCUCUCACUCCCUGCUUUGUCGUGUACUGUUAUGUAACAGAAACCAGGGUGCACAUUUGGGAAAAUUACUAGUGUUCAGGUACUGCUUAUUAUCUCGCGGCGCUGCUCCUCACCUCUUUCCUCUCCCCGUCCAAUGCCUGACCCCAGCCGGGCCUGCCACUGUAAUCUUUCGCUUAUUCUUCAAAGCGAAUGGUUGUUAGAAUAUUUGCACUGAAGAGUUGCGUGAUUAGUAAUAAGAAAAAAAGAAACUGCCAUUGAAAAAAAAAAAAGUUAUUUUUAUAGAAGCAAAAUUGAGCUCUGUUCAAAUGUAUUAUACCUAAUCAUUGAACCAAAGA